AGAUGAAUGACAGUGUAUUCAAGAAACUUCUGAGGUGAAAGUGUGUCCGAGCAGUCACGAUUUUCCACCAGGCCAAUAAAGCCACUCCUAUGACCAAGGUAUGUACCUUCCUAAUGUCAUUAAGAGUGGCAGGACCUUGGAGAAAAUAAUUGAUGUGUAAAAACUAAAUACCAAAUACCGUACGCCAACUUAGGAACUCCAGAAAAGGAAAAGAAAGCGGUUUACGUAUCUUAGGUGUGAGAAGUACAUUCCUCUCUGUAUAUAUGGGUUGCUAAACCGGCAAAACAGUUGAAUCGAGAAAGAUGAUGCUGAGGGCUUGUGCACAAAGGGCUUGAGGAUGGUAAUCAUGAUAAAAUGUGGGUUAUGUAACAAUGCCUCUGAAAGAUUACUUUGCAAAGACGCUCAAACCACUUCUCCAGCGUGUUGAGGAUAAGCUCGAGCAGGGUGGCAACAUACGAAAAGCCCAGCAGCUUCGCCGUAAACAACAAGAAUGGCGCAGCUAUCAGACUCAACUCUGGGUGCACUUCGAAUCCUACUUCCUAAACGAUUUGGCCCAGCGCCUCCUUAUACAGUGCGAAGCUUACCUUCAAGUCAAGCAUGAUAAUCUCUUCCAGCAGGUUAAUGAGAGUCCAUCAGUAGGAGAUACCUUGGUGACGGAAACAGAGAGUUUGCAAGACGACCUCCAGGAUCUUAAUCGCCGUAUUUGGAUGGUGGAACGAGAGAUUCAGACUACUCUGAGAGAGUUUCAAGAUGGACCCUUAAAGCGUGCUCUAAAUGCUCGUCGCCGAAGCAGUGAUUGGUAUCUUUCCGAAUGGCUACAAACUGAAUGUGCCGGCGUGGGUGGGUGUUCUGGGCGAGACUGUGGUUGUUGGAUGAGACCGCGGAGCUCUAAACGUCCAAAUUCCCGUGGGCAUUGCACAUCGGAGUGCAAGUGCUGUGAGGAUGCGAGAGGCUUCAGACUUGAUGUUUACGGAGCUCCUGAGAAUCCAAUGAUAGUAGAGUUUACUUUGGACGAGGCAGACGUCAAAGGACCGGGUUCCUCCUAUACAAAAUGUCUGAUUAACGCGUAUAUCUGGGGCCUUUGACAGGCGCCUCGUGCUCUCACAGCCUUUGACAAAGAAUAUCAAUUAUUUUGUUGCUCUCUCUCUUUGUGCGGUAUGGCUCAAGUGACUGC